AUGGGAUCGACCGAUGACCUAACUAAAUUGACGAUUCCACAGCUGAAAGCGCUAUGCAAAGACAGGAAAAUCACUGGCUUUUCCAAGCUCAACAAGCUAGCGCUUCUUCAAAAGCUUGGUGUAGAUUCAUCUGCGAUGCAAGCGAGCUCGUCGUCGACCCGGACGACCGUAAAGCAAAAGGGCCGAGUCCAGGGUGCGGAUGUCGCGUCCUCUGUUGCGAGUGGCUCAACGACGACGCGUUUGGUGGACGCGACGGAUGAUGCGACGAGCACGCCGUGUACCAUGUCCGAACCAGAUGAACAUUCGAUACUGAGCGAGGCGAACCCAACUGUUAGCGCACCUGGUGCUUCGACGUUUCUCGAAAGGCAGCCAGGUCCUUCCUCAGAUAGACAGCCCAACGAAACUCUUCAAACCCGUCCUGAACAGCCGGGAGAGGCCGCCCCAGUGACCGAUGAGCCACCCAGCCCCCAGCAGACGCGACCAAGCCACGAAGCCUCUAUUACCAGUCAACUUCAGAAUGAGCAGACGCGACCCCCGCGCGUUGGUAGUCUCGUUCCAGUAACCUCAUGGACGAAUCCAAACCCAGCACCCUCGCUUGCCAGGAAACGCGAUCGCGAGCACGAUCCGGAGAACAAAACCAAACGCAAGUUUCCUCGAAACCUACUGCCCGUGAACAAUCUGGCGAACGCGUUACUUGGUCACAUUCCCCGCCACCUUGUCUCCUCUGGACAGACCUCUCCAGUUCAAACGCGGCUGGACUCGAAUGCACCUGGUCGACGUCCGAACCUAGGCAGUGCCCCUCUUCUUGGUGACAGGAACGGAAACGCGGAUCGCCAACGUUCCGCAUCGAACUCUGUGCUUAAGUCAACUCGACGCUUUGCCCCUCUCAUUCCAAAUGGCCAAGGACCUCCGCGUGUAAUAGCUUCUCGAUAUCCACCUGCUCUUUUGUCUGCGGCUCUACGUACAUCGGCUCCUCGGUGGUCAAGUGAAUGGCUUCUUCCUUGGGCUUACCUGGAGUUCUCUGCGGCUCAAUACCUUCCUGACUUCCGGCCUAUCAACAUGCCUCCGACAAUAGCGCAACGAAAGAAUGUCCACCGGUUAUCGCUGGUACUGAGCUUCUUGGAUGACAACACUGUAUGGUCACUUGCAACACUUUCGCGCCUCUAUCGCUAUUCAGUGUAUUCCUCAGCAACGCAUAGACUUGCAAGAUACUUUUCUGGAAAACGCCUGGACAAGGUUUUCAGCAAUUAUUCACCUAGUUUGAUGAAUUAUUGGCCCUAUCUCCGACAACGAAUCGCUGAACGUCAGCGCCGACGAGAACUAUAUGAUCGCUCUUUCCUUGGUCGCUUUUUUGCCUCCUCUAGAAAUAUCAUCAGCCCUGGUCUCUGGGCUAGCCCGAAUCACCCGAAGCAACUGACGAUCGCAAUUCGGUUCUUGAUGACUCUGCUAUACUUCCACAUCUCGGUCCACUAUGAUCCAGAGGCAUCUUUUAUGUCACAGAGCAUCGUUUUUGCCGAGGAGGUAGUUACAGACGAGAUCUGGAUGAUUGGCGUCAAGUCUUUCACUGGAACUCGAUACUUCUAUGUCUUGGAGUCUACCUGCGAGGUUGUAGGUCUCGUCAACGCGUCAAAGCAAGGGAAGGAAAAGGAAGCUGGAAACGAAUGGGACCAACAAUUUGCGCCCAGAGCAGAUUGGUCAGCCUAUAUCGCAUUCAGGAUGGAAGCAGCAGCUUUAACGCGGCUGCGGCGACCAAACGUAGAUCCUAUUCCGUCGACGAAGAGAUUGAAUGAUUUCAUGCGGUGGCCAAACCACGAAGAGUACCUGCGAGGGAUUAGCAAAUCGUGGCUCAGGCGGAUCGAGGGGGAAGGGGUACUGGGCGCUUAUAAGCGUGAUGUAGCGGAACGGUAUACCAUGGCCUGCGUGGUCGGAAAUAGCAUAAGUGGCAGGGCAAUGACCUCCACGGAAAUGGAGCACGAAUUCAAGGGAAUGCCAGCGAAGACACUCUCUGAACAGCCGAACAGACAGCACCGAACCACCAAGCCUACAAUGCCCCAUCUGUACUUGCCCGAGUAA